ACUUUCUGCUGUAUUGUGUAGUUUAUUUCAUAAGCAUUGUGAUUUGUUCACAGUAAUUUAAUUAUUUUCUAUUAAAUUUGUUAUAAUUUAUAUUUUAUAAAUUAAACAUGUUGCUGAAACAUAUAACACCAGUUGUCCAACAACAACUUAGACAAAUUUCUUCAUCUUCGGCCGCAGUCACAAGAUUACAUCGUUCCAUUUAUGCACGCCAAUAUCCCACAGUUGUGGUUCUACCAGACGGAGCAACUAUUAAUAUACGCUAUGGAGAACCCAGGAAAAUUAUAAAGUUACCUUUGGACUUAAGUACGUUAACUGAAGCUGAACGUAAAGCCCGCCUAGAAGCUCGUAAACCACGCAAGAAGGUUAAGAUUAUGGAAGAAGUGGAAGAUAAUUUCAAUGCCAAGAAAUAUAUGAAAUACAUUAAAAAGAAGUAGAUUUAAUUAAAAGAAAUAAAAAGUGUUUAAAAUAA